ACAACUAAUUGCUACUCCCUUUGCAUGGAAUUUUUGCGGGAACCAGGCUGAUAUCUGCAUCCGGGUACGAAAUUUCGUCCUUGCUAUGAAACUAGUGUGAGCUCAACAGUGCUCAAAAGAAUCUAAAUGAGUGGUGUAGUGAAGAAACUUCAGUAUCUGGAGUUUCCAGAAUGUACAAAAGAAGCCCUCAACUACUUAGUGAGGACAUGUGCCUCAGAUCCCCACAGGGGUGUUCCAGGAAGGUCCUCUGGUGGUGAAAAUGUUGCAUCUGUGGUUGCACAAGAUUACAUUAUUGAAAUUUCAAGAAAGAAAGGCCAUAAAAAUAGGAAACUGAAUUCAGUUAAUGAACUUCAACUUCUUGAGAUGUUAUGUUCAGCUUUACAAGAGGCUCCAGAACAUGCUUGUUACAGUGUAUUCACUGCCAUAUUUGGUGGCCAUGUUGACCCAGUUAAAAUCAGUCUUAUGACCAAACUGGUAUCCAUGGCAAUAUCUAUCAGCUGCAGUCCUGUGCUCGGAUGUGCUGCCUUAUGGAUGCAGGAGCAGGGAAGUCAGAGUCAGUGUGUUUGUGAUUUGGCCCAGAAAUUGGUAGAUGACUACUGCAUGUUGUAUCCAAAUGUUAGCAAGGCAUUCAAGAACCUGCCUAAAGUAUCAUCAUUGUUUACAUGCAAUUUUAUGACAGCCCUGACAACUAUCUACCCUUAUACAGAUGCCAGCAAGUCACCUCCUCCAGUUUUGUUAGAGUGUUUUGUAGACUGGAUCUCAGCUGAUUCUUGUUUGUGUUCAGACUCUGUAAGACUUGUGCGUAUCCAGUCAACAUUUACCUGUCCAAUCGGUGGACUGGUACGCUGGUGCAUUCUUGGACCUCUUGUGACAAAUAGUAUUGAUGCAGACACAAAAACUUCAGAAAUAGUAAAAAGUGAAAGACCUAGUGCUUCAAAGACAGGGAAAUUCUCUUCUGAGAAAUUGCAGAGUUUAUUUUCAAGGUUACACCUUGCAGUGCUUCAAAGCUUACAAGCUUAUAAAAGUAUGGGACUCCAAGAGCAACUUUUGACAUUUACAGAUCUAUUUAUAGUGUCAAAGACACUAGCAGUAUUUUAUAAAGGUGGACAAUGCACAGAGCAGUUAUUGUCUGUUGUAAAUAUUUCCACAGACAGACUUUCUCAAAUUAUACAGGUUGCGUUGACUACCAACAGUCUUUCAGAAAAGUUUGACAUACGCCAAGUGUGUGAAGGACUACCACAGAACAGGUUGUUGCAAAUGAUUGUGUCAAUGAGAUAUGGAAAACAAGAAGCAAUGGAUUUAUCAUGAGACAUUUAUAGCUUAAGUGUGUCAGCUUUCUUCAUAGAAAAUAAAAAUGACUAUACAAAUACCCUGUAUAGCAUUAAAGUUUCAAUGAAUAAAUAAAUAAAUAAAAUAGUCA